UCUUCGGCUUUCCCUAAGGAAACAUUUGCCAAAGGAUUUUAAUUAUCAUAUUAAGUCACUUAAAAGAGGACGCAUGCCAGGCAGGCGGGAUGACACGUCGUAAAAAAUACAUCGAGCAAUUUGCACCUCCAUUUUUUCCAGCGUGCUCGUACUUGGCUUCCGUUGCCUGCUGUCAUGUCACGUGAUCAAACAUCUGCUGUUUUUCUACUGGAUUUCUAUCUAUAAGACAACAAAUUAUGGGACUUUUCUAAUUUUUGAGAAAAGAACUGUUUUAAGAGGGCUUGUAAUGCGUUGGGAUGACAAAUCGGCUUUCCAGUCAGAUAUAAAACACAAUUUUUUUAUGAUACAUAUAAGUUUAAGCAAGAGAGCAUAAAAGGGAGAGAAAAUUGGGUAUUAAAACGCGCACCUAAUUUUUCAAAACACGCACGUAUUUUGCUCGAUAAAAAUAAGAUUAAAUCGCGAAAAAAAAAUUCAAUAAGGCAAAAGCUGCUAGAAGUUUCACUCUUUUUAUUCUCUUGAUUUAAUGUUUUUUUAUGCUUUUUUUAACGAUGCGCAUGCGCGCCUCUAAUGUCACCAAUGAAACCGGCAUGGUCACACGUCCUAAAGAAUCAAAUCAAAUGCAAAAGAAUCGAAUCUCGCAUUCAACAAAAAUCACAAGCUUAUUAUUCAAAACUUUGCAGAUGAAUGGUAGCACAUUUGUCAUAUAUAUAAUAACAUUUUUGUAGCAAUUCGAGUGGUAAAAGAGUCGAAAAGAACAAAUAAUCAUCAGACAUCGAUACACCGCUAUGUCAUGGAUAAAGUGUUUAUUCAAAGUGUGUAAGCCAUUGGCAAAAAAUCAAACGUUAAAGAAAGAAUAUACUUUAGUGCUUUGAAAAAUUGUCUUUUUGUAUUUGAAUAUGAAUACAGUUAAUUUUCAUUUGUUUAUAAAGAAAUGGAAGAAGAUAAUCGUAUUUCUAUUUUGGAAUAUGGUUCCCUGUAGGGGGAAUUCGAACACUGCAGAUAAACGUAAAGAUAGGUGAUUGUUGUUCUUAUAGUUUGCAGAUAUAAGCAAUUAGAAUGGACCAACUGUGAGAACUCUCACGUUUUUACUAUCAACAAUAAUUCAAAUUGUGUAAUGCUACAUUGUUAUUUGAUACGUAUUCAACUUCAUAUAGCCUGAAAGUUCGCUGAUCUAUUGCCUCACAACAAAAUGAAAAAACUUACCGGCCGAAAGCUCCACUUUCCUUCCGGCCGAAUAUUUGCUUUAACUGAAAAUAUAAAUACUUAAUUAAAGAUAUCGUGUACGACGUGUAGUACGUGAAAUGAAAGCAUCCAUUGUUUUCGUCUUAGCGGAAAAAGACGGUUAUUUCUCUCAUCUAAUGACACGAACUAAAGCUGGGCUUAAAGUCACACGGUCAAUAAGAAGUUUGGUUUGUUGAGGUACGUCUUUUUGCCUACGAACGUCUCCAUAAUAUAUCCUGAAUGUCUAUAUGCGUUUAUCAAUAUUUUUGCAGUUUUUUUAGUAACUCUAGUAACUAAAGAUUGAGACAUCUAUAAUUGACCUUGAGGGAGAUAAAGCUCUUUUUUUCUAGGUCGCCUCGAUUUCAUAAGUUUAUAAUUAAUUAUUCACAAUUCAUAGUUUUGUCGGCAAUAUUCAAUUCGGCGGAAGAAACUUCUUGAUAAUAAAUAGCAUCGGGGGUAAAAAGCAAACAAUCACUAUUUAAAACUGUACGAUUAUGUACACAAAUGAAUCCCGAUUCAAUAAUUUGAUAAUUUCUAAUCAAGACUUUUAAUUUCGUGUCUCACAGACAAUAAAUGUCUUUUCAACGAUUCUAUAUUGUAUACCCUUCUUUUUAUGUAAAUAGUUUUCUUCGUUGCACUGACCGAAGGGAGACUUGUUUGCUUUUCAGCAUUUAAUAUUCUUUUAUUACAAUGCUAUGCUGGCCUUUAAUAAGCCUGCUUUAUGAUUUAUCGCUGGGAAUCAGAUAUUUGACACCUAGUUAGAGGCCUUCCCCCGAAGGCAAAAAGGAAAAGGGAUCGUCUCUUUGGAUUGCUGAUAGUAUCGCCAAAAAAAAAAACUUCAUUUACUCUGUUUUAUCGGAAGAAAUAAAACAAACCCUCACUCAAAGGGAGCAUUGUUUGUGGUAAGACUGUCAAUGGAAUAGCAAUCUGAGAAAUCAUUGUUCGCGGUGGUGUUUACGAAGGCGAUGCCCAAGUAAGAAGUAACAAGGAACUCUCCCUUGGAUCUCGAAGAUGAGGAAAGUUAAGGUGUGGAAUGAUUAAGAAAAGAAUAAGGGAUUCGAACAAUGAUAAUGGAUUAUUCCGGAUUACAGAUCGAAAGGUGUUAAUAACACAGAGCUGAAGAUUUUAUACAAAUUCACGCAAACAAGCGUUUUCAAGAUUACGAGUACAUCAGGGAAGACAAAGGUGGCAAAACAAAACAAAAAGGAAUUAUUGUACAAAGACACGCGAAGGGUGGUGUGCGCUUGGAUAACGAUAAUUGAACUCGCUGUGGCUCCAGCGUAAGAUUCACUGAAAGGAUACAACAUUAUGUUGUGAAGGAAACAGGGACAAAACAAAAAGGACCCCCCAAGUCAAGAAAGGAUGAUACCAAACGAAAAAUACUAAAUACGGCGUCCGCUAACUUAUCUCUUUUGCCGCUACCUGUAUUAUGAACAACACAACACAAGGAAUAGAAGCCGGUAUGCUCAGCGAAAGAGAGAAGCAAAUAACACUUGGUUUUUAUCUUGUGACGUUCGUCCUGGGCUUAGUGGGUAAUUCCCUUGUUCUUGUGAUUAUCACAAAGAAGAGAUUAAAAAGGACGGUUAACGACAUGUUUAUCAUGAAUCUAGCAGUGACUGAUCUCACACUGAUCUUUUUUAUCCCUCUUAACAUAUACGACCUGUUACGGACGCUACCUGCAACUGUUUUCACGUGCCAUUUCGUCAAACCUCUUAUGACAGUUUCUUUCCUUGUCAGUAUUUUCACACUCACAUCCAUGGCGGUAUAUAGAUGUAGAGUUAUUUUGAAUCCCUUUCGGCCGGAGAUGAAAGAUUUCUGGGCGUUUAUCCUUGUUGGACUGAUAUGGUUGAGCUCAUUUAUUGUUAUGGUACCGAUGAUGGUGGUUACCAAACCGUUUAAAAGCGGAUGCAAGGAAAAAUGGCCGAGCUUUACACACCGUAAAGCCUACACAGCCGCCUUGUUCGUCAUUCAGUAUCUCCUACCGUUAAUGCUUAUUGCUGUGGCGUAUAUCAGAAUUGGGCUAGACCUCAAUAAAGCAUACUUCCCAACUUCAUUUUCAUUCAGAACGAAACACUCCGAAAAGCAAGCGAAUCUAAAAGCGCGAACGAAGGAGAACAAACAAGUCGUGAAGACCUUGGCGACUAUUGUUAUUAUGUUCGCAUUAUGUAUGCUACCAGGACAAGUUGCUUGGAUGUUGCUCGACUUUGGUAGCGAGAAACAAAAACAGACCGCAGUUGUUUGUAUCAAGUUCGGCGUUAUUACGUCGGUGUUCCACAGCUGCAUGAAUCCGCUGAUCUAUGGAACGCUGACUCGCCAGUUCAGGCGCGGUUACGUGAAGUACUUGUCUUAUUUACUAUGCUGUUGUCAGUCGCAUAGUUUAGUUCAACAAAUGCGUAUGAUACGCUUAGAGACCUCGAAGCUUGACUCAAAACGUCGGAUACAUUCGAUGCUAAGGCACGAAUCUAGACCUAGUAGCGGGGUAAUUGGAAAUGACACGAAAAGAAAUAUGGUGUGUAUAGGAGGCCUGAGGGGCUACCUUGACCGGUCUCUCUUGGAUCAAAAGAGGGACAAAAGUGGUGCCAGCAACAGGACAGCGGAGUCGAGGCUGUAAAAAAACUAGGUCAUCGGAUGCUUAUCUUAGUCAGACGUUGGUUAGGUUUUAUUAAAGCCGUAUUGUCACCAGUUUCGACGGAAACCUCAACCGUUAAACGACAAUAGAAGCUAAUAGAAUCCGCGCUAUUUAACAGGCCAUCCGUUCUAAAUUAUCAAUCUUAGUCAUCUCUUUAUCAUCUUAGUCAGACGUUGGUUAGGUUUUAUUAAAGCCGUAUUGUCACCAGUUUCGACGGAAACCUCAACCGUUAAACGACAAUAGAAGCUAAUAGAAUCCGCGCUAUUUAACAGGCCAUCCGUUCUAAAUUAUCAAUCACAUCCUCAAAGAAACUUCCAAUAGACACACUGCUUUCACAAUUCUGAAAUAUUUAUCGUGUUUUCCGAUAAAAAUCAUUGGAGAUACGUAAUCUACCGGAAGUAAACCGGUGUUAAUGAGGUUCAAAAUGUUGGAAAACAAAUUAUGUUAUGAAAUUAUGGAUGGAAAAUAUUCCAAUAGGUCACCGAAUAAGGGGAGCAGUGAUAUGGGUAUUUACCUAAGAGGGCAAAAUAGUUAAUCAUAGAGAUUUUUAUAGAUAGAAGUAAUCAGAUUGGCAGGUUUUGAUGAGGAUAGCCUAUUGCCAAUAGCUAUGUUGUAAGGACAGCGGACUGAUCACAUGUAAUGAAUGACUAUUUUAAGAGA